GUCCGCGGAUCACAGCCCACUACCAGUUUUACAAUGCGUCUGUACAGCACUCAUUGAUGGCGGCGCAAGAUGCAGCCUGUCCUGUUUGGGUCCACUCGGAGGGAAAGCAAUACUGCUCUUCCGCCAUGGAACGCGCCCAGCAGGAUGUAUCAGGAUCUGAUGACCCACGAGAACUUCCUUUCGAUCGUGUCUUUGGAGACCCAUCCCUACCCCCAGCAAUUCUAUACGCGGACGUGGCGUCCCCGAUGUUCAAGGAAUUUCAUCAAUCGUUAAGUGCUCUGGCAAAGGAAGGACAAAUGUCCUAUCGUGUACGAUACAGGCCCCCCCAGCACUGGAGCUCACGUCCUCUGUUCGUGUCUGGCUACGGACUUGAGCUCGCCUUGAAACGGACGGACUAUAUCGUAAUUGACGACAGAGCUGCUGAAGAAAGAGGACCAGACGGCGUGGAGUCCAAGAAACCUGGUGACGCAGAAGAUGAUCUGAACGAUCUGAGGCCCUUGUCCUCGUCAGAAGUCUCGCGGCUUGGACUGAACACAGCCAGCUAUGUGAUGGAUAGCGAUGACCCGUUUGACACGCUCGUGAAAUUGUCUCAGGAUUUUCCCAAAUACUCCGCCAGAGUCGCGGCUCACAAUAUUUCCACCGAGCUGCUACAGGAUAUUCGAUCCAGCAGAUUGCGUAUGCUUCCUCCUGGACUUAACGCUCUGUGGAUCAAUGGGGUUCAAAUUGAACCUCGCCAAGUGGACGCGUUCACACUUCUGGACCACCUACGUCGCGAAAGAAAAUUGAUCGAGAAGUUCCGAAAUCUAGGCCUCUCUGCUAAGGAGGCUGUGGAGCUAUUGGCGCACCCAUCGCUCGGAGAGUCUCUGGCCCGUGAUGGCCCUCAGCGCUACAACUACCGCGAUGAUAUCGAGGGAGGGGGUGUGAUCAUGUGGUUGAAUGACCUUGAAAAGGAUGCACGGUACGAGUCCUGGUCGAGCGAGCUUGCAGGUUUUAUGCAACGCACCUACCCAGGCCAACUUCCCGCAGUGCGCCGCGAUGCAAACAACAUUGUGUACCCUGUUGACCUGACUAAUUCCGAGGACGCGGAUAUUGUCGUCAAGACAAUCCAGGUCUUUGUGAAAAACAAGAUUCCCGUGAGAUUCGGCUUGAUUCCGGUUACGUUUUCCGACGGGGCAAUUGCUCAGCUCAAGGUUGCUCACUAUCUCCAAGAGACUUUUGGUCUGGCCAGUUUCAUGAAUUAUCUCGAAGUGUCUGCCUCCAAAAACAAGUUGGCUUCUCCGGACAAGGCUUGCUUCCAGGCUGCGACCAAGGAUCGGGAUGCGCGUGCUGAAAAGCAGCCUCUUUCUCUAGAGGAGAUCCUGAAGAAUGACAGUUCGGACGUAACAGUGGCUAAAACGACUGCAUACCUAAACCGCCUCGGGAUGAAGCACGAAGCGUCGCAUGCUUUCGUUAACGGGAUCCCCGUUACCCGCAAUGCGAACUGGGCCCAGGAGAUGAGCUCAAGAAUCAGCAGAGACACUCAAUUAAUCCAACAACGGAUUGCUGACGGCGAAGUCGACGAAGACACAUGGUUGCCAGAGCUCUUCCUUUCCCAAGCCUUCGAUCGACGCAACCCGGCCUUCAUCCCGGAGGAUCCAAAAGAGAUUCGGGCUGUGGACCUGGUGAAGAUUGCUGAUUCCCAUAGAGACCUCUUUGGCCAGAUCCCACGCAUAGCGUCGGAUCAAGAUGAUGCGCUUGAAAGUGCUCAUGUCAUUGUGAUCGGCAAUUUCGAUGAUGAGCCCGGCUACGAGCUACUCAGCGCAGCCCUCGAGAGCCGCAAGGCACACGGCGGAAUCGAGGCCCUAUUCCUACACAACCCCAAGCCCGAAACACCUGCCAUGGCUAGGUCUUCCGCGGUUUACCGGUCUUUGAAUGGAGGUAAGGGGACAGAUGUCACGCACAUUCUGGAGGCGAUUACCAGUUCCGACUCGCCAUCAGACGAGGAAGCUCGGAACGUUGCCCAAUUCUGGGAGGCUCAGCAAUCUGUAGUCGAAGAGUUCGGUCUCGCUCCGGGCAUGAGAGCGCUUGUCAUCAAUGGAAGGGUUAUUGGACCGAUUGCGGAGGACACUGAGCUGACCUCGGAGGACUUCGAUCAGCUACUGACUUACGAGAGGCACAAGCGGAUUACUCCGGUAGCAAAAGCUGUCAAAGCGCUGGAGUUUGGCGAAAAACUUUCUGACCCUCUAGCUUUUGCUAAGCUUACGUCUCUCACUACCCUUUCCACUAUUUCGGAUGUUCCUGAGGGCAUCUUCGAGUCGACUUCAGACAUCCGGCUGUUCUUGUACAACCGGUGGAACAACUUGCGCUCGGCGAUCACAGUCUCCACGUCCGAAGAUCCCGCAAUCACCAUUGUGGCAUCCAUUGAUCCAACUUCUGAAGUGGCUCAGAGGUGGCUUCCAAUCCUGAAAGUGCUGUCAGAGCUGGCAAGCGUCAGGGUGAGGUUGGUUCUGAAUCCGCGGGAAGAGAUUAAAGAGCUGCCCACCAAACGUUUCUACCGUUACGUUCUCAACUCGCAGCCCUCAUUCAACGACGAUGGGUCGGUUUCCCGACCUACGGCCUCCUUCUCGGGCGUUCCCGUUGAAGCUCUGCUGACCCUGGGAAUGGACGUCCCCUCCUCAUGGCUUGUGGCUCCCAAGGACUCCAUCUAUGACCUUGAUAAUAUCAAGUUAAGCUCGGUAAAGGAAGGGACGGAUGUCGAUGCCAUCUAUGCCUUGGAGCAUAUAUUGAUCGAGGGCCACUCCCGGGAUAUGACGGUCAAAUCCCCACCUAAGGGUGUCCAGCUUCUCCUUGGAACUGAGAACAACCCUCACUUCUCCGACACCAUAGUCAUGGCUAACCUCGGAUACUUCCAAUUCAAAGCCCAGCCUGGGCUGUGGAACAUCAACCUCAAACCCGGCCGCAGCGAACAAAUCUUCACCCUUGACAGCGUAGGCGGCCUUGGCUACAACCCCCAACCGGGCGACGAAAACAACGAAGUGGCCCUCCUCUCCUUCCAAGGCCGAACCCUCUUCCCACGCGUGUCCCGAAAGAAGGGAUACGAGACCGAAGAUGUUCUCGAGACAGGCCCUAAACCGGGCUCCGCUAUGGACUACAUGUCUAAGGGCUUCAACUUCGCCUCGGACAUCCUCUCCAGCGUUGGGGUCAACACCAAAGGAACCAGCGGCAAGCAGGCCGACAUUAACAUCUUCUCCGUUGCCAGCGGUCACCUCUACGAGCGCAUGCUCAACAUCAUGAUGGUCUCAGUCAUGCGCAACACUAAACACAGCGUGAAAUUCUGGUUCAUCGAACAGUUCCUCUCCCCAUCCUUCAAAUCCCUUCUCCCCCACCUCGCCCAAGAAUACAAGUUCUCCUACGAAAUGGUCACCUACAAAUGGCCACACUGGCUGCGCGCCCAGCAAGAAAAGCAGCGCGAAAUCUGGGGCUACAAGAUCCUCUUCCUGGACGUUCUUUUCCCCCUCGACCUCGACAAAGUCAUCUUCGUCGACGCCGACCAAAUAGUCCGCACAGACAUGUACGAUCUCGUCUCCCUCGACCUCGAAGGUGCCCCCUAUGGCUUCACCCCGAUGUGCGACUCCCGCCAUGAGAUGGAAGGUUUCCGCUUCUGGAAACAAGGUUACUGGAAGAACUUCCUCCGCGGCCAACCAUAUCACAUCUCUGCACUCUACGUCGUUGAUCUGAACCGCUUCCGCGCCCUCGCAGCCGGCGAUCGUCUCCGAGGCCAGUACCAGAUGCUCUCAGCCGAUCCGGAGAGUCUGAGCAACCUGGACCAGGACCUUCCAAAUCACAUGCAGCAUUACAUCCCCAUCAAGAGCCUGCCACAAGAGUGGCUAUGGUGUGAGACGUGGUGCUCCGACGAGUCGCAGUCGCAGGCCCGCACUAUCGAUCUGUGUAAUAAUCCGAUGACCAAGGAGCCGAAGUUGGAUCGGGCGAGACGACAGGUGCCCGAGUGGACGGAGUACGAUGAUGAAAUUGCUGCUUUGUCGAAGAGGGUUGCUCUUCAGCAACAGCAGCAACAGCAGCAACAGGAGGAAGAGGAAGAAAGGCAGAGACAAUCGUAUCCUGACGAUGAGGAAGAUGAGGAGACCUGGAAUAAGGAUGAGCUUUAGUUGGGCUUUUGUAUACAUAGAACGGAUUGUCCUUCGAGUAGACGUGGC